AGUGAACCUUGUUUUCGAAUUUCUUGCAGGUGAUUUUUUUAUUGCACAAAAUAAAUAAUCAGAGCCAUGUCGAGGUUCAGUGGUGCGCUGCAGCUCACUGAUUUAGAUGAUUUCAUUACACCAUCACAGGUUCGGUAUCAGCAAAGAAUGUAUAAAGCCAGUGACGGUAGAUAAGACAGCAACAUCAAAGACUGGAGCUAAAAUCACUGUGCAGGAGGAUGGGUACUACGAGGAAUCAGAGAGCGGCAAACAAAAGCUGCAGAAGGUGGAAAUCACUCUGCAGGAUUGCCUGGCUUGCUCUGGCUGCAUAACCUCAGCCGAAUCUGUGCUUAUCACGCAACAAAGCGAGGAAGAGCUACUGAAGGUAUUGCGGGAAAAUGCAAAAGUUAAAGCCACUGGGGACAUGGAACAAGUUCGCACAAUUGUUUUCACCAUUGCCACACAGCCCCUUCUGAGCCUGGCCCAUCGCUAUCAGUUAAGUGUGGAAGAAACUGCCAGACACUUGGCCGGCUACUUUCGCAGCCUGGGAGUGGACUAUGUCCUGUGCACCAAAGUGGCUGACGACCUCGCGCUCCUGGAGUGCCAGCAGGAGUUCGUAGAACGAUACCGCGACAACGAGGAGUUGACUAUGCUAAGUUCUUCGUGCCCUGGAUGGGUAUGCUACGCAGAGAAGACACAUGGCAAUUUUAUACUACCUUACAUAGCAACCACGCGCUCACCGCAACAGAUUAUGGGAGUGCUGGUGAAGCAAUUUCUAGCGGAGAAACUGAAUAUACCUGGUUCACGGAUCUACCACGUAACAGUGAUGCCUUGCUACGACAAGAAGCUCGAAGCGUCGCGCAUGGAUUUCUACAGUGAAGUGAAUGAAUCGCGGGAUGUGGACUGUGUUAUUACUUCAGGUCAGAGGAUCGUUGAGGUGGAACAAAUGUUGAACGAAGAUGAACGGUCACUUUCCGAGCACGAAGCGUCAGAUCUGGACUGGCCCUGGUCGGAACAGAGACCCGAAUCAAUGAUCUGGUCACACGAGGCUACACUAUCUGGCGGUUACGCAGAGCACAUCUUUAAAUUUGCAGCCAAAGAACUUUUUAACGAGGCUCCACCCACGGAGCUGAGUUUCAAGCAGCUCCGAAAUCGUGACUUUCGAGAGAUUUCGCUGGAAAAGGAUGACAAGACAGUUUUGAAGUUUGCUAUCGCGAAUGGGUUCAGAAACAUACAGAAUCUGGUGCAAAAGCUAAAGCGUGGCAAGGGGGCAAGCUAUCAUUUUGUUGAGGUCAUGGCUUGUCCUUCCGGCUGCAUCAAUGGUGGCGCCCAGGUGCGUCCCACCACUGGCCAGCACGUCCGCGAGCUAACCCAGCAGCUUGAGGAGUUGUAUAAGAAACUUCCUCGCUCUCAGCCUGACAACGCGCACACGAAGCUGAUCUAUAGAGAUUUUCUUGAUGGGUCCCACACGGACAAGUCAAAUGAGCUGCUCCAUACUUGCUACCAUGCAGUCGAGAAACUCUCAACGGCACUUAAUAUUAAAUGGUAAUUAAAUGGUUGGUUUUACAUACAUAUGUACGUCCAUAUAUGGUUAAUUCGA